AUGCGUCCCCAUCUCUCGGUGCCAUUCUACCACCCCCGCCACGGCAACUUCCAGCACUGGGCAAUUCAUCUGCAUACCUCAGCCCAGGAUCUCAUCUUCGAAGUUGACGGCGAGCAUCCUGGCUUCCGAAAGGUCACAAUCGGGGAAGUCGACGUUCCCACUAUCAAAGCGGCCAUCGAUGCGGUCCGUGUGGACAACAAAACUCUAGAAUGGGACUGUCCGGAGUACACCUUGGAGAUCUUGGACGGAUAUGAGAAAGAGGCAGUGUUGGAUGAAGCGGAUGAAGAAUACAAAGAGGCGAAGGAGAUAUUAAAACGGAAACGAGGACCACUGACUUACUGGGGAUUCAUCUAUCAUAGUAUUUCCCAUAAUAAAAUCCCCGUGCUUAUCUACCCGUCACCUAUUUGA